AUGGUGUCACCACGUCAGGGCUGUGGGAGGGAGCUUAGAAUCAGAGAUAGACUUGCUCGCGGUUUGCAACGAGCACCAGGGUUUCUCUACACCAAAGCAAGAGGAAGAUGCACACCCCAGUACUGGAGUAGCAGGACAGAGUCAUUGCCGAAGAUGGUGCCUCAGAUGUCGACGGUGUCCAAAGUGUUCGGUUCGCAGGCGUUCGAACGAUACAGAUACUAUCUGACGCUGCUGGAGGCUGCGGGGAGGAAUGACGAUGGAGAUAAUGUAUUUGUGCGGCUGGUGAAAGAGUCCACGAUGGCGCUGCUAAAUUCAUACGCCAGAAAAUUUUGGUGA